AUGAUGAAGGCCGUAGUCGUAACAACUCCAGGUGGACCAGAGGUCCUCAAGCUACAAGAAGUUGCAGACCCAGAACUCAAAGAAGAUGAAGUCCUGAUCAAAGUCGCGGCCACGGCGCUGAACCGAGCAGACACGUUGCAGAGGAAAGGGGCGUACCCGCCACCCCCGGGUUCCAGCCCUUACCUGGGUCUCGAAUGUUCUGGAACCAUCGAGGCCGUUGGGGAACACGUCUCACGCUGGCAAGUCGGUGAUCGGGUGUGUGCUCUUCUUAGUGGAGGAGGGUAUGCUGAGAAGGUGGCCGUUCCAGCUGGACAAGUUUUUCCUGUCCCGCCAGGUAUUUCUUUGAAGGAUGCUGCUAGCUUUCCUGAGGUGGCAUGCACUGUUUGGUCGACUGUUUUUAUGAUGAGUCGGCUAUCUGCCGGUGAAACGUUUUUGGUUCAUGGGGGCUCCAGUGGAAUUGGUACAUUUGCAAUUCAGAUAGCCAAAUACCAGGGAGUAAGGGUGUUUGUCACAGCAGGAAGUGAGGAAAAGUUAGCUGUUUGCAAGGAGCUUGGAGCUGAUGUGUGCAUCAAUUACAAGACCGAGGACUUUGUUGCACGGGUAAAGGAAGAAACAGGUGGCAAAGGUGUUGAUGUUAUCUUGGAUAGCAUUGGGGCAAGCUACUUUCGGCGGAACCUUGACAGCUUAAAUUUUGAUGGGAGACUUUUUGUCAUUGGGAUGUUGGGUGGUGCUGUUACAGAAAUAGAUCUCCGUGUUGUGCUUUCGAGGCGUCUCACCAUCCAAGCGGCUGGCUUGCGGUACAGAAGUCCAGAAAACAAAGCGGAAAUUGCUAGAGAGGUGGAGAACAAUGUGUGGCCUGCAAUUGUUGCCGGCAGGGUGAAAACUGUGAUCUACAAGUCUUUUCCACUAUCUGAGGCAGCAGAAGCUCACCGGCUCAUGGAAAGCAGCCAGCAUAUUGGAAAGAUACUGCUUGUUGCGUGA